AUGAAGUACAAAAAACCGUUACUGUGUCAGAGGCCUCGGAAACCUCAGAGCCGGCGGCUGGGGGACGGUGCUCGCCCCCUAUGUGUGCCAUCACUCGCAUACACCACCAAAGGUGCAGAAGUGCAAAAGCGGGCUUCUGCCGCCAGCCACCGUGUUGGAAAUACUACUGCUAACCACGAAAGUAGUACAAUAUCGAUCGACGCGAUAUCGUGCUACGAGCGUUUGUACGGCUUGUCCGUACGGAAAAUUGUAGACGUCGGAAAAGCCCUGGAGUAUUUGAUGUUCAUGAUUUUCAAACUUCAAAUGGGACAGGUAAUAUUAUCGUUGUUCGUUGUAUCUCAGAGACAGUAA